AUGUUUAGAAGCUACCGAGGAUUUCAGAGGAGCCAUGGAAGUGGUGAAUCACAACAGCGAGAAGCCUCAUGUCGACAUCAUGCCCAGCACCAGCAUGGGCCAUCUCAUCCCCAUCAUGGAAUUUGCCAAACUCUUGGUCUGCCACCGCAGGUGAAGGUGCUGAGCCACGAGGCCGUCGGCGGGUUCCUGUCGCACUGCCGCUGGAAAUCGAGCCUGGAGAGCGUGGUCUACGGCGUGCCCAUGAUCGGGUGGCCGCUGUACCCGGAGCAGAGAAUGAACGCCCGGAUGCUGGCGGAUGAGAUCGGCAUAAGCGUGAGCGUGGACUACGAGAAGGGGCUGGUGCACAGAGGGGAGGUCGAGCGGGUGGUGAGGCUGCUGAUGGAAAGCGAGGUCGGGAAGAAGCUGAGGAAGAGAGUGGGCGAGCUGAAAGAGGCUGCCAGCCAAGCGCUCGCUGAGGAGGGCUCCUCUUCUCGGCGCCUGGCUCUGCUCGCCGACCAGUGGGCCAACACCAAGCCCUCCGCCCGGCUUGAUCGAUCCUAG